AUGACCCCAGCUCUGAGGGAGGCAGCAACAAAGGGUAUCUGCUUUUCAUCUUUACCAAGUACCAUGGAGUCUGACAAGAUGCUAUGCAUGGAAAGUCCAAGAACUGCAGAUGAAAAGUUAAAGGAAGACACUUUGUCUCAGAUGCUGGGAUUUCCAACUCCUGAACCUACUCUUAACACUAACUUUGUGAAUUUAAAACAUUUUGGCUCCUCUCAGUCGUCAAAACAUUAUCAGACGGUUCUUUUAAUGAGUUCAAAUUCUACAUUAAAUAAAUACAAUGAAAAUUACAAACAAAGGAAAUUAGGGGAACCUAAUUGCAGUAAGCUGAAAAACAUACUGUGUAAUGGCAGCAACAUUCAGCUUAGUAAAAUCUGUCAUUCUCAUUCUGAAGAGUUCAUCAAAAAGGAACCUCUGUCAGAUACCACAAGCCAGUGCAUGACAGAUGUACAAAUUAUUUUGGAUUCAAAUACAACCAAAGACAUUAAUGUAGAUAAAGUACAACUACAAAACUGUAAAUGGUACCAAAAGAAUGCACUUUUGGAUAAAGUUACUGAUGCUGAAGUUAAAAAAGGUUUAUUGCACUGUGCUCAAAAGAAAAGUGGGCCUGGCCACUCAAAUGUGCCUGUUGGUUUCUCAGCUGCUGAAAAAGAGGAAGAAGUGAAUGCUCGUUUACUUCAUUGUGUAAGUAAACAGAAAAUUUUACUUAGCCAGGCUAGAAGAACUCAGAAACAUUUGCAGAUGCUCCUGGCAAAGCAUGUUGUUAAGCACUAUGGUCAACAAAUGAAAUUUUCUAUGAAACAUCAACUCCCCCAAAUGAAGAUCUUUCAUGAACCUACCACAAUUUUGGAUAGCAGUUUACCUAAAUGCACUGAAAUUAAGCCAGAAGUCAGCAUGUUGACUGCAGAGAAUAAAUUGUGGAGUGAUACAAAAAAUGGCUUUGCACGGUGUACAGCUGCAGAAAUCCAAAGAUUUGCACUGUCCGCUACAGGGCUGUUGUCUCAUGUUGAAGAAGGUCUGGAUUCUGAUGCAACUGAUAGCAGCUCUGAUGAUGAUUUGGAUGAAUAUACCAUUAGAAAAAAUGUGGCAGUUAACUGUAGUACUGAAUGGAAGUGGCUUGUAGACAGAGCAAGAGUUGGCAGCCGAUGGACAUGGCUUCAAGCCCAGAUUUCAGAGCUAGAAUACAAAAUCCAACAGCUAACGGAUGUUCACAGGCAGAUUCGUGCCUCCAAGGGGAUAGUGAUCCUAGAAGAAUGUCAGCUUCCAAAAGACAUUCUGAAAAAACAAAUACAAUUUGCUGACCAAGCGGCUUCAUUAAAUACGACAGGGAAUCCCCAGAUUCCCCAAGAGAGUCAAGAUCCUUUACCAGAACAAGAUUUUGAAAUGUCACCAAGUAGUCCUACACUUCUUCUUCGCAACAUAGAAAAACAGAGUGCACAGUUGACGGAAAUCAUCAACAGUCUGAUUGCCCCUCUCAACUUGUCCCCAACUUCAUCACCCCUAUCCUCCAAAUCCUGUAGCCAUAAAUGUCUAGCGAAUGGCAUUUCCAGGAGUGCUUCAGAGAAUUUAGAUGAGCUCUCUUCCUCCAGUAGCUGGUUACUUAACCAGAAGCACAGUAAGAAAAGGAGAAAAGACAGGACAAGAUUGAAAUCUCCAUCCUUGACUAUCAUGAGUACAGCAGCUCGAACAAGGCCACUUCAGAGUUUCCACAAACGAAAACUCUACCGAUUGAGCCCUACUUUUUAUUGGACUCCACAGACUUUGCCUUCAAAAGAAACAACAUUUUUAAAUACGACGCAAAUGCCUUGUUUGCAAUCAGCUUCAACUUGGAGUAGCUGUGAACACAAUUCAAAAUCUCAGAUAUUAAGAGAGCAUGUAUCAGAAUUGGACUCUUCUUUCCAUUCUGUCCUAUCAUUGCCGUCAGAUGUGCCUCUUCAUUUUCACUUUGAAACAUUGCUAAAAAAGACUGAAAUAAAAGGAGAUCUUGCUGAAAAUAAAUUAGUAGGAGACUGUGUCAUAUCUCCAUCACCUGUACAUAAUACUUCUCUGAAUCAAUGGAGAAAUGGAUAUUCUCCUACAUGCAAGCCUCAGAUAAGGUCAGAAUCUUCUGUACAGCUGUUCCAGGGAAGAAAGAAAAGACACUUGAGUGAAACAGCAUUAGGAGAAAGAACUAGAUUUGAAGAAUUUCCUUUUCAACGCACAGAACCAGGAUCCCAUAGCAAUUUUACUGCUGUUACUAAUGUCAAUGUUAUAUCAAGAACCCAGAAUUCAUCAUCACAAAAUACUGCACGACGGAGAUUGAGAAGCGAGAGCUCUUAUGACAUAGAUAAUAUCGUGAUUCCCAUGUCAUUAGUUGCCCCAGCUAAGUUGGAGAAACUCCAAUAUAAGGAAAUACUUACUCCAAGCUGGAGAAUGGCUGUUCUUCAGCCUCUGGAUGAAUAUAACGUAGGUGAAGAGGUAGAAGAUCUUUCUGAUGAAGUCUUCUCCCUAAGACACAAAAAAUAUGAAGAGAGAGAGCAAGCCAGAUGGUCACUAUGGGAACAAAGCAAGUGGCACAGAAGAAACAGCAGAGCUUACAGUAGAAACGUUGAAGGACAGGACUUGCUCUUGAAAGAAUACCCUAACGACCUUGGUGGUGUUCAGCACUGUGCUGCCGAGAGUCCUGCUGAGCCUUCUCCGCAGAGCCAGGAUCUGGGCACACGGGGCUCACCUUCCUUAAAUCAAAGUCAAGAACUCAAGUCUUUGUGGUGGGAACGACGGACUUUUCCACUGAAGGAUGAAGACACAGAAGCCUUACUAUGUCAAGAUGAAAAAAAGGAUCAUAGUGAAAGUUCAAGCCCCGUUUUCCGUGGAGAAGUCUUCUGUACUAGUGCACCAGAAAACGGUCACCAUCCAAAAAGGCAGACAGAUGAAAUGGAAGAAUGCAAACCUUUUGGUCUAGGACUUACUCAUGUUAAAAAAAACAGGUGA